UAAAGGUAGCGGCUGAAGCAGAGUAAACAGCCAGUGUAGGCUUAUCUUGACCUGAAACUAUGAAGUAUCCUCUGGUUCCUUUGGUGAAUGAUUUGACCUUUCCUCUUCUCUUUUUUUGGUUUUGUUUGCCAUUUGGGUUGUUGUUGAUCCUACUAAUUAUCUGGCUUCAUAUUUUACUCAGUGAAGCCCAGUUGCCGCGUGCCAAAGAAAUAAAGAAGCCAUCUUCUGAUCAGUCUGAUGACAAUGCAGAGCCUAAAUCUGAGAAUGAGUACCGAGGGGAUAAAAGCCAGAGUGAGAUGCCAUCUACGGAGUUCCAAAAGGAGAAGUGGAUGAAGGCCACUCUGAGGCCCAAGCCGGCUUAUCUGAGUUCAAAACCAAGAGUCCAAAGGAAAGGCCUCUUGACUGCAAUCUUGGAGAUUCUGUCCUGGGCCCAGGGGACAAGGCCAUAUUGCUUUGAGAAGAAUGCCCUGUAUAAUACUGUAACGCUAUUGUGCUCCCUGCUUCUUUCUCUCACCUGGAACUUUGUCUGCCAAUUGCUUGAGAUCUCUAACAUCCUGACGAUUCAACAACUACCAUCAUCUCUAGUUACCUACACAGCUCAUCUUUUCACCCUGCUGAGAGAAAAGAUUGUGAAAAUCUUGGAUUCCCUGAAAUUAGAGAUCGGAGGGCUGUCUGCUUCAGUCAUUGGGAGGAGAUAUGAGAAAACUGAAGCAAAGUGAGACAGCAAAGUACAUCGUGGAUCCAAACUGGAGAACUACACUGGUGUGCAAAUAAAACAGUGGGGGAUGUUUCCCCCAGCUGUAACUUUUUCAUUGUCUGAGAGCUGUUAGUGUGGAGCAGAGGUUUAGCAAUUCUUUAAUCUUGACUAUGUGUUCCUUUGGGGGUUUUUUAAUCAGGAUUCUGGUGGAUUAGCAUCUAUGUACACAUCACAAGUGGCUUCCAUGUGGGUAAUAUCAAUAUACCAAGUACUGUCAGUUGAAGUGACACCUCUUGCCAGCACCAGCCUCUCCUUUCAAACAAUUAAGGCAAUUAAUAUUCAUUGAUAUUCAAGUACCAUAAUCCAUUCAGCCCAUUGUUUAUCUUGUUUCUGACUAAUAAAAUCCCAACUAUUGGAGAUUACGACAUCUGGUUCUCAGCUCCCGAGAAAAAAAACAAACAUACCUUAGAUUACUAAUGGCUUAAUUGCUGCACAAUAUACUGACACAUUGGGCACAAGAUUUCUCCUUUCCUGUCCAAUGUUCCUGGCACAUCUAUUUUAAGCACUUACCAUCUCAUGUGCUGCCCGGUUGGAAAUGGAGACACUGGUUUGUGCUCUAUGGGACUACUUGAUAGUCACAUUAUGAUCAGAAGGGUCACUGAUGGUGCAUGUUGUCUUCUCCUGAGACUUUCAAAAACCAGAUACUGCAUUUUCUGGGACUUCUCUGGUUGCUAGAUUCUAAAUAAAGUGGGCUGCAAAUUGCACGAGAAUGAAUAAAUGGUUUAUUUAAAAAGAGGGCUAAUUAAAAUUGCCCUUGUAUCCACACCUGGAAGGCGAAUACAGGGCUGGGAUAGUUCUCCUUUUAGAAUGCUUCUAGGAGAGUAAGUAAAACAUAUUACCUCAAGUCUGACCAUGCUAAAUCAGCACAGUUGCAGUGGGACAAGUGACUGGAAGGUGGUGUGUUCUCUCUCCCUAGUUCACAAUGGUGUGAAUGUACUAGUCACUGGCUUGGCAGGUGUCUGACACCACACUUUCAGGAAGAUGGGCCAGUUUAAAUAUUUAAGAGAGCUGCUGGUGG